AUGGCGGGCUUCCUGAAGGCCUUCACCAUUGAGGUGUGGCUCCUGACCAUGCUGAGCAUUGUGGGGAUCAGCUGCUCCACCGUGUUCGUAGUGUGGGCCCAGGGACACAUCUUUGGCCGUGCCGUGAGGGACGCCGUGGGCAAAACCUUAGUGUGGGUGGUGAAGGCGCUGACGCAAGAAGCCUCUUCCUUUUCUCCUCUAUCGCCCCUUACUGCAGGGUCCGAGUGGCUGCCGCCCCAUGACGCAGGCCGCGUGCUGGUCACCACCUGGCUGCUGGCGUCCUUGGUGUUCAUGUCUUCUUACGGCGGCAUCCUCACCGCCAUGCUCACCGUGCCGCGGGUAACCAUCCCCAUCGACUCAAUGUACGACCUUGUGGCUCAGAAUGACAUGCCCUGGAAGGUAGAGGGAGGAUCCAUGCUGUACCAGUACUUCCAGGAGGCGACGGAAGGAGCGAGGAGAGAAGUGUUCCUUAGAAGCUCCGGCACUUUCAAGGACUGCUGGGAAGCUCGCCAGGACUUGGCAGACGGCAAGUACGCCGGUUUUUGCGACGACGUUACCAUGAUAAAAGUCAUGGCUUGGGAUUUUGAAACCUCUGGAAGCUGCAACGUGUACAUAGCGCGGGAGAAGGUCAUCUCUAGCGUGUGGAAAGGCGUCGGCUUCAAAAGAAAUUCUCCUUACAUGUCCCGCGUUAAUGACGUUAUCCUGACGCUGCAGCAGGCGGGACUGGUGGACAUCUGGCUCCAGGAACAGAUCGGCACAGUGCCACAUUGCCUCAGGCCACCCAGCACAGACCGGCAAGACGGCAUCAGUGCCCUUGACAUGGAGGCCUUUGGAGGACCAUUCCUGGUGCUGGUGGGAGGUCUCUGCGUGGCCACCAUAGCCUUCCUUCUGGAGCUGCUCACUGCCUGCUGUUCGUAAGACUCACCGCGCCUGCCCUGGACAAGUGACUCUGACCCUUACACUCAUUUAAUCAUUAUCCUGCAUUGAUUCUAUACAUAUGCUGAUAAUGAACAGCUCUUAAAUACUUCAUUUGAUCCCUCCAUGUUGACCAAAUCCCACUACACUUGACAACGUUCCAAGCAAAGCUGAUCAAACCACUCUCUCCUGACAACACAUCCCACAAUGCUGAUCAAACCCCACUAUGCUGAUUCCAGUCCCACUUAGCUAACAACGAACCAAAACUUAAUAUAAACCCAACUAUGCUGACCGUAAACUUCACUAUGCUUAUAACAAUUCUCUUGUGCUGAUGAUGAAAUUACUGAUUCCACACCACUCUAUGCUGAGCACAAACUUAGCAUAGGGAAAAGUUACUACAUAUAUGGUGACUAGAAAAUGACUACUCAAGCCACAAACCCACUAUGCUAUUCUGACCAUUAAUCCCUAACCAGUCACCAUUUCUGCACAUAUGCUUACAAUUACAAACGAUGCUGACAUUUACACUUAACACCAUUACACUACAUAUCGACGCUGACCUUUAUACGCUGACUCCAAGGUCUAAUAUGCUGGCAAAUACUAAUAUUUUUUUGAUCCACACAUUCACAGGACACUCAAAAACACAAAGGAACACAAAAGAAGACCGAACAGCAUCAAACGUGUUGGCCCGGACGAGAUUAUUUAAGGCCCAUUGUAAUCAGA